CCGCCUACAUGUCAUAAGCACUACCGCCUCUUCCUGCAACCAAAAAUCUCUAUUGUGAGAUACGUUUAUUUCUCUUCUCGCCCGAACCUUCCUCGGGACAUACACUUAAAAAAGCCUGAUAACCGCUCAUAUCUCUUUCCAGCACCAAGGGUCAAACCCAACAAUGUCAUCGCCAACACCAUACCCUCCAUCAACCCAAGCCUCACCACCUAAUGACCUACACCAACUUCCAGAUCCCCUCAAAGUGCUCAGCCCAGUCCAUAACGAAAGCACCGCGAACACCACCCCUUACUCACUAGCCAGACUCUUAAUCGGAAAAUCCGAGCUCAAAACCAUGCUCCGCUCCUUGAAAAGGCCCCCCGACAAAAAAUUCAUCCACGAAAUCUACGACGCAUGACCUAUAUCCCCCGCA